UUAAUGAAUUGUCUUCUCUGAUGGAAGAUGGACGUUACCAGGUGCUUCUGGCAAAAAUUUACAGCAAAAUGGAGAAGAUUGAUGAAGCUAUUGUUUCAUUACAACAGGCUCGGGAAUUACAAACCAGAGUGCUUAAACGGACUCAAAUAGAACAGCUGGAUGCAGUUCCUGCACAGAAGCAGUUAGCGGCUGAAAUUUGUGCUGAGAUUGCAAAACAUUCUACAGCCCAGCGAAACUAUGAAAAAGCAAUUAAAUUUUACAAAGAAGCUCUUGUUCACUGUGAAACAGAUAACAAGGCAAUGUUGGAACUUGCACGUUUAUAUCUUGCACAAGAUGAUACUGAUGCCUGUCAACAUCAAUGUUCCCUUCUACUGAAGAAUGACCAAGAUAAUGAAGCAGCAACAAUGAUGAUGGCUGAUCUCAUGUUCAGGAAGCAAGAUUAUGAACAGGCUGUCUUUCAUUUCCAGCAGCUCCUAGAACGCAAGCCAGAUAACUAUGCAACCCUCUCGCGAUUAAUUGAUCUGUUAAGAAGAGCUGGGAAGCUAGAAGAAGUCCCAAGAUUUCUUUUAAUGGCUGAAAAACAUUCUUCCAGAACAAAGCUUGAACCAGGCUUUCACUACUGCAAAGGACUGUAUCUUUGGUAUACAGGUGAACCAAAUGAUGCACUCCGGCAUUUUAAUAAAGCUCGAAAGGACAGUGACUGGGGACAGAAUGCAGUCUACAACAUGAUUGAAAUUUGUUUGAACCCAGAUAAUGAAACUGUGGGUGGUGAAGUCUUUGAAAAUCUGGAUGCCGACAUAGGUAAUUCAACAGAGAAGCAGGAAUCUGUGCAGUUGGCUGUAAGAACAGCAGAAAAUCUUCUGAAGGAACUCAAGCCUCAGACCAUUCAGGGUCACAUUCAACUGCGGAUCAUGGAAAAUUAUUGUCUCAUGGCAACCAAACAAAAAUCAAGUGUUGAACGAGCACUGAACACUUUCACUGAGAUAGUAGUGGCUGAGAAGGAUCAUAUACCAGCACUUUUGGGAAUGGCCACAGCCUACAUGAUCUUGAAACAGACUCCACGAGCCAGAAAUCAGUUAAAACGGAUUUCAAAAAUGAGCUGGAAUCCCAUUGACGCAGAAGACUUUGAAAAGAGUUGGCUUCUGCUUGCAGAUAUAUAUAUUCAAUCUGCAAAAUAUGAUAUGGCAGGUGAAUUAUUAAAACGAUGCCUUCGUCAUAAUAGGUCAUGCUGCAAGGCUUACGAAUACAUGGGAUACAUAAUGGAAAAGGAACAAGCAUAUAAGGAUGCAGCAAUAAAUUACGAGAUGGCCUGGAAAUAUGGAAACCAAACGAAUCCAACAAUAG